GCUCCUGCAGUGUGGAGGAGGAGAAGCACGCACCCAGUCUGCCUACUGCCGUGUGUCCGCCCUGCGUUGCUCUAAUUGUGUCCACUUCACUCUACCGGUACACCCUUUACAGACCUGGAGCUUCAUGAUGAGGACCAGGACUAGCAGCGGGACCACAAGUGACUUUGGGAUGAGAACAGCGUGGGAUGAAUGAAAGGCAGAGAUGGAGCCAGUGAGGCAGGUUCCUCUCCUCCUCCUGGUGCUGUCUCUGGGGGGAGUGUCUUGUCUGGACUUCAGCUGCGAGACCCUCCUCCUGAUGGCCUCCAACCUCACAGUGAGGACAAUGGUGUUCAACUUGACGUUGACCUUCACUAACACAUCAGGUCUGUUCUGUGACCUGUCAGUGGACAGAAUAGGGACCUGCUGGCCCCGCAGUGCAGCUGGUGAAGUGGUCUCCAGGCCCUGUCCGGAACAGUUCAAUGGGGUUCACUACAACACCACUGAUCGGGUCUACAGAGAGUGCCAGUCUAAUGGAACCUGGGCCCCUCGAGGAAACUACAGCCAGUGCACUGAGAUCAUUCUCAUGAGGAAGAGCCAUGUGCAUUAUCAAGUGGCUGUCAUCAUAAACUACUUGGGACACUGCAUCUCCCUGGGUGCGCUGGUGCUAGCAUUCACUCUUUUUAUGCGACUUAGGAGCAUCCGGUGCCUGAGGAACAUCAUUCACUGGAACCUCAUUUCAGCAUUUAUCCUGAGGAAUGCCACAUGGUUCAUUGUCCAGCUGACCAUGUCCGCUACGGUCACAGACAGCAACCCGGUGUGGUGUCGACUGGUGACCUCAGCUUUUAACUACUUUCAUGUGACCAAUUUCUUCUGGAUGUUUGGAGAAGGCUGUUACCUGCAUACGGCUGUGGUGGUGACAUACUCCACCGACAAGCUGCGGAGGUGGAUGUUUCUGGCCAUCGGAUGGGGAAUCCCACUGCCCAUCAUUGUGGCCUGGGCUUUUGGGAAGCUUUACUAUGACGAUGAAAAGUGCUGGUUUGGAAAAAAGCCUGGUGUAUACACAGACUACAUCUACCAAGGCCCAAUGAUCCUAGUUUUGUUGAUUAAUUUUGUAUUCCUGUUCAAUAUUGUGAGGAUUUUGAUGACAAAGCUCAGAGCGUCCACAACCACUGAGACAAUACAAUACAGAAAAGCAGUUAAAGCGACUCUGGUGCUGCUACCUCUGCUGGGCAUCACUUACAUGCUGUUCUUUGUGAAUCCUGGAGGAGAGGACCAGCUGAGUCAUAUUGUCUUCAUCUACUUCAACUCUUUCCUGGAGUCUUUCCAGGGGUUCUUUGUAUCCGUGUUUUAUUGCUUCCUGAACAGUGAGGUACGGUCGGCUGUGAGGAAGCGCUGGCUCCGGUGGCAGGACCAAAAUUCCAUGCGGAGUAGAACCAUGAGGGCCACAUCCAUCCCUACUUCUCCCAGCCGAGGGUCUUUCCACAGUAUCAAGCAAACCUCUCAUCUCUGACAUUAGCUUCAUGUACCCAAACUUUCCUAAAGGUGCACUUUAACUUCACUGGUGUGGGGUUCCACUACCCGCUAUCUCCAUGGAAAUGUUAUUGCUUUGCCUGGAAAGUUGCAGAGUAUGACAUUAAACCAAUCUGUCUCGCAUUUAUUUAAUUACAGGUGCAUUUUUUUUGCUGAUCAGUACUAUAAAAACAGUGUUCUUACUGUGAGUGGGUUCACCUCGCCACAGAUCAGACCUGUAAAUUGGGCUGGUUUGCGUUUGCCCAUGAAGAGAGAUUAGUUUAAAGUCACACUGUGGAACAUUCUAGUUCAAGCAAUAACAGAUCCCAUAUAUAUUAUUCAAAUUAUUUAGAACACAUCUCCACCCUCUACCAGAAAAGUUACAUAGUGCAACUUUAAACAACAAUGUUAUUUACAACUGGACGAGCCUUAAGUCUUACUGGAUCUUUAUUUAUGUUUGUACUUUUCAACUCUGAGGCAUCCCUGUUUCAAUGUGAAUGAUGUCCUGUGUGAUCAGUCCUGUUUAAACUGUAUAUAUGUAACUAUGUGUCACACCAUUUGCCUCCAUGCACUGCUUCUGACAGUAUAGUGUAUAUAUAUAAUGAUAUAUAUAAUGGCCUGGAGCCUGUACAGGUGUACAUUUCUUUUGACUGAAUAUGAAACAACUAGUAUAGAUGGUACUUUUAGAUACAGGUGUUGUAAUAUAAGUGUAGUUAACUAAUGCACUGUAUUUGGGUCAAAGAAUGAAAAUGUUACGGCCCGUGUGUGUUACCAUCUCUAUUUUUGUGUUAUAUUUGGGGACCAGGUUUGCCUACAUUUGUGUUGGCUUGCAGUUGCACUUCUCAGUUCAGGGAAUAAUAUAAGUCAACCAGACUAAUGGACUAUGUGUACUUUGUAUUUUAGCGCUGUGUUCCUCUUGUGUCUUGUUGUACUGUUUACAAGUGAGGAAUGUUAUGGAAACCUUUGUUAUACUGGUAUACAGUACAAAACACAGCUGUGGUAUAGAGCCUAGUUGCUUAGAUACAUGUUUUUAGUGUACGAUAUCUGUAGGGUUGAUAUAAAUAUUUGUAUUAUGCAUUCAAAGUUAUUCUGAGCUGCAAUCUAAUAAGAUGUUAAUGUGCUCUGGCACUUACUCAGGAAUUACAGGGAAUAAUGACAUUCAUAACAUGCACAGCUGAUAAGAAUUACAAAAGCAUGGUAAAACAAACAAGUUCAUAACCAAAUUUAACUUUUUGUAUAGAAAAUGUAUUAGAGGAAAAUGUCUGAAAAGGUAAAGUUCUCUUUGCCAAACUCAUCACCAGCUCUACUCAUAUUUAUUUUGAUGUAGAUUAUAAUUCAUUCAGUCAUUCAUUGUGAAAAAAGAUGUUUAUUGUGCCAUUUAUUAAAACUAAUAUUCUUUAAAUAUAAGAAUAAAAUAGAAAUGUUCUGGUGUAAAGUGUCACUGAAAUGAUCACAAAUGCAUCCACAAAUGCAUCACUAUCAGUGUCUUUCCUCUGCUAAAAACUCAGUAUUUGUUGAAUUAGCUGAGGCAUUUUUUUAUUUACUUGCUUAGACAUCUCUCACACAAACGCUUGAAAUAAUAUAUGAUAACAAAGCCUCAUAGUUAAAACAAAAUGCAUUAUAUAUAUAAAAAAUACAACAUUAAAUACAUAAAUUUUGAGUCUGGGAUUUGCUGUUCUGUCUGUGGCCAUUUAAAACUAAUAACAAUAACAAAGAGAAUGUUUCUAACUCUACUAGCUUUUACAGUACAUGUUAUAUUGAUAAACCUACUAUACUCCUAUACGCCCCGAUCAUCAGACCAUCGAUGAGCUGCCUGAGACCCACUGGAACACAGUUAAACAGGGCUCAAAUUUCAGGACAAAUGUUCCAAACAGUUAUUUCACAUAAACUCACCGAACUGAGGAAUGGUAAAUUUACAGCUGACAGCACAAAACUCAACGCUACAGGGAAGAAGGACCUGCAGAAACAAAAGGAGCGCUAGUCAAUACAGCAGCAGCUCAUUAGGGAAACAAAAACAGAUUUGAUUUGUCUGUUGAUUUGAUUAACUGCAUAAUACAUGAACAAUUAAAUAAUGUGAAUAUUUAAAUCAGCAAUCUACUGUGUGAUACUUUACGCAACAAGAGUUUUCUGUUCUUAUGUUUUAACUUCUCUUAAAAUGAUGUAUGCAUUAUGUUGAAGGCAGACGAGUAUUGAAAUGAUUUAUAUAACACCUGAUCAAAGAGUUUUUCUCUCCACAGUUACUUUCAGUUUUAUAUGGUACUCAACAUCUGUAGUAAGUUUAUUGUUUUACUAGGAAUUGCAUAUUUUUGGCCAUGACCUGUACUUUUGUGACGCAUGAGUACAGGUAAAUGUCAGAUUAUCAAACCAGGAUGUCUGCUGUAAUACAUAACAUUGUUUAGAAUAUAAAAUGGUUAUGAAAACAUGUUGUUCUACACUUCAGGUUUGUUUUGUUUGUCAUGGCAGCAAUUCAAAAGAGCAAAUCUUGACAACAACAAAAAGAGGAAUUCAUUGCUAAUUAAGAUGAUAGUCAAAGCCACACAGUAGGCCUAUAUAAUUUGGAGGGUGAAAGGGAGUGUAACUAAAACAAAAGCACAAUGCAGAAGUGCAUGUGUCAUGUAAUUAAUGAUUUAAAAUAAUUGGUUUGUUGGUUAACAUGUCACGCAAGCUGCCCCUGGUGAAUGAAUGUGAGUAAUUACUAUAUCUCUUGUGGCAUAUUAAACGUUAAGUGUUUGUCAAGGGUGUAGUAGCUGGGAUGAGCUCCAGUCACUCACUAUCUACCACAUAAUACAAA